AUGUCAUCUUACUCUGAAGCAACACCAAGAGAUACACAGAGUAUAAUUAAUUUUGAAAGUACAUUAAAAAGAAAAUGGUUUAGUCAAAUGCAACUACAACCUCUCGAUUUUUUGAUGAACUAUAAUUAUGGCAUGAUAUUAUUCAUUGGUUUUAUCUUAAUUAUUUUUUAUUGUGGAAUAUUUUUGAAUGUUUAUUUUAUGAUGAUAGAUAUUCAUUCUAAACAUGAAUAUUUUCGUGAACAAUUACAAAUUGAAACUGAACAAAUGAAUCGAUUGAAAAAUGAUUUUUUACGCCUAAAACAUUAUUAUAGAGAUGAUGUUAACAAAGAUGAUAUAACUUGUCAAAAAUGUAUAUUACCUGUCUUUGAUAUAGAUUCUGAUUAUAUUAUCAAUCAUCUUCUGAAAAAUAAUCUACCUAUUAAAAAAUUAUAUAAUGAUACUUUAUUACCAUUACAACAUCUUUUAAUUUUUAUUUGUUUGUUGAAUACAAUAUGUAUGACGAUGAUCUUCGAAAAGCCAAUUAAACUUUUUCUUAUAUCACGUAUAUUUAGAAUAAUAUGUUCAUUUAUUUGUGGAGAAUUUUUUAUUGAAGAUAAACCAAAUGUUUAUUAUACAUUAAUAGCUGCUAUUGGUGUAUUUUUAUUUUCUGUUUUUUUAUUAAUCAAAAUAUUUCUAACACUAUUAAAUAUCAUCUAUUAUCAUACAAUGAAAAACAUUUUAAGAAGCGAAUAA